UUAAUACAACCGAAGAAGAAGAAAAAGGCAACACAAAACAAGAAGACGAAGAAGAGAGCGCGUAUUACUAAAUAUUUUACUAAAAUGUCGAUAGUUUUUGUGCCAAAGAAACUACGAGGAAAAGCGAAAAUUAACCAGGAAACAAUACAAAGGCUACUGGAUGAAAACGACCAGCUCAUAAGAUGCAUCACUGAGUACAUGCAGAAAGGACGGGCAGUGGAGUGUGUGCAAUACCAACAGAUCCUACACCGAAAUAUUGUUUACCUGGCAACUAUAGCUGAUGCCAGCCCUGACAUCAUGGCUCCCUCUUCAAAGCCAACAUCUGAUGAAAGCUCAGCCUCUGCUCCCACUGUGAAUGGACACAAGGAGACACGAUGACAGCAUGCCUUGGGGUUAACAUGGGAGGGGGAGGACAAAACUUUAAUUUUGAGUGAAGGAUGCAUAUUUAUGUUUGUUCAAUGUGAGAUGGCAUUGUUUUCAAUAAUGUAACCUACUACAUGCCAGUGUUUUGCUGCUGUUGGAUAUUUAUUAUAUUAUGUGAAGAGUUCUGUGAAUUCCAAAUGUCACUUUUUCUACUCCAACUCUUGAUUAAAAACAUUAUGAAGAUGGUAACUUU